UGUGUGUGUGUGUGUGUGUGUGUGUGUGUGUGUGUGUCUGUAGAUCCUAUGUCGAAGUUAGAGGACAGCUUCAGAAAGCUGGUCCUCCUCUUCUGUGAGUUCCAGGUGUCGAAUUCAGGCCAUCUUGUGAGCAAGAACCUCUCUCUCUCUCUGGGUAUUGUUUGUCUUCUGCCCAAUCAGUCAUUCACUAUGACUUUCUCUGUAUAUCAUAUGUUUGUAGUUCUGAAAAGAACAUUUCUAAUCUUCCCACUCAAUUAGAAACCUUCUGGAUAAAGUUUUUAUGCUCGGUCAUUUUCAGACCCCCUAGAUGAUCUGCCAGGCUCUCAAAUGUCCACAGCAGCCCAUCAUCAACCAUGACCGUAAUGGUACAGCAUGGCAUCAUGGGAACCCCUCAGAAAUAAUGCUCGGGUAUUAAAACUAUUCUGAGAUAAACUAGUAAAAUGUGACUCUUACCUUCUCAGAACGCUCUGACCUACAUUUUGGAGCCUGCUGUUUACUUUCCUUUAUUCCAGAGGCUGGACUUGGCAGGGACUCAGUGCACCAGACUCCACUUGUGCUUACCAUGGGUAUUGCAGUGGAGAGAAUUGCCUGCCUUAAGUGUUUUACAGAUAAUAAUCAAGUUGCUUUCAAGAUGUACUUGGGAACUACACCGAGCGUGACCUGCCACAAUUCAAGCAGAAAUGAAUUUUCCCUGAUUCUACACAAGAAUCCUCUGGCGGAGUUCAUAGAAGAGCUGCCUGCUGGGCGAUCUGCACUGUGCUACUGCAACUUACUCUGUGGGAUCAUCCGAGGAGCCCUGGAGAUGGUUCAUUUAGCGGCUGAUGUUACAUUCUUGCAAGACAGACUAAAAGGCGACAGUGUGACAGAAAUUGGAAUAACAUUUCUGAAAAAGGUGGAUGAUAAAAAAUAUAGACGGAAAAAAUGAAGACUAGCAUGCAGAGAGCCACCCACUGGCUGGCUGUCCAGUGAGCAUUAGCUAAACACACACCCCCAGAAGUUCUGUAGUGUCUGGUGGCACGGGCUUUGGCAGGCUUAUAAAUCUUGCUGUGUGUCACACAAUUUUAGCAAUUUCAGAUACAAGUAACUUCUUAUAAAACAGUAAGCAUGAAUUCCACUCACAUAUUCAAUCCCUCCUCAUCCAGUCUAUCCAUUCAGUUACCUGUGACAAUAGGAAAAGAAGAAGAAGCAUCACCUAUACAAGCUGUUAGGGCCUUGGCUCUUUUCAAU